AAUUUAACAACCCAUUUAAAGCACAACAAACCCCGGAAAGGGGAAGCGGAAGACAAAUGUUAAACAACGGGAGUGAAGUUAGCGCACAGUAAAAACAACAUCUGAAAUAAUCCGAAACUAGACGUGCAGAGUUCAGACAGGGAAACUAGUUAUAAAUGCGACAUUUAUAAGUCACCGAUGGCGUCGAAAAGUGGCAGUUGACGUGAGACACCUGGCAACAAGACGCUAACUGUAACUGUAACGGUAACUGACGGUUACUUAACGACCAGCUGGUGAUGGUGACUAAAUGUGUCCUCCAGUUUGUGCCAGAUCAACCCGAGCUGCAUCAUAUCAGUGAGUCUGUGCAUGUUUGUGUUUUAGUGAACAAAUCUGGAUUUGUGCCCGGUCCUGUCUCUUUCCUGAGCUCUUUGUGAAAUGACCUGAUUCACCCGACUUCACUGGUUCCAGCAUCUGUUGACAAUGGCCAGAAUAGCCUGGUACCAAGAGAAGAUUGGGGCCUAUGAUCAACAAGUCUGGGAGAAAUCUCUGGAGCAGGCAGAUCUAAAUGGUUUGGACAGCAAACCCAAGAAGACAGGUCACAUCAAACCAGACCUCAUCGAUGUCGACUUAGUAAGAGGGUCAACAUUCAGCAAAGCCAAACCAGAGAGUCCCUGGACAGCUCUAACUCGAAAAGGUCUGGUCAGAGUGCUGCUGUUCCCGUUCUUCUUCCAGUGGUGGAUCCAGGUGACCUCCAAGUCCAUCUCUUCAUGUAUCCUCGUGCUAUACUUCAUGCAAGUGGCAGCAGUGGUGUUGUACUUCGAGGUCCCGGGGGCGAGUGCCAGCGAGGUGUUUGGGCCCGUGUGUCUGAUGCUGCUGCUGGGUACCGUGCACUGCCAGAUUGUGUCGACUGAGUCCAGCCGGUGGCCCUCGGGCAGUCCAGCUUCCAGCUGCACCACCAGCCCUGCACGCAGAAGGAGGCCAAGGAAAGGCAGGGGACUGAAAAAAACGGAAGAAAAGAACGACAGCGCAGACACAGAGCAGCAGGAGCCCUGGCAGUUUGAAGAAAGCCAACGAUUAUACAGGAAUGAAGAGAGGAUGAACAAAAGAAAGUCAGGAUUUGGGGCAUCUGACGAGCUCUCCAGUGAGGAAGAGGAGGGAGUUCAACAGAUAGAAGCAAAUCUUCCAGCCUCUCAUCAAGAGAGACACCCUGCUACAACAUGGCCGACAUCUGCACCCGUCACUUCUGUUAGAAAGAGGAAGUCUAACCCCAAACCCACAAUAAGACCUCAGGAAGGCAGCGGAGUUUCCACCAAGAUGAAGCCUCGAGAGCUGGAUCGGCUCAGGCCGAACGUGGGCUCUCGCCCUGCCUCCGACACUGAUGAUACAAUGUGGGAAGAGCUGCUCCAAGGGCCUGACUCCGCCUCCACGGGGAGCAGUGACAGUGAGGGGAACGGGAGGUUCAACGCUGGCAUGGCGAUCCCACAAACCACUCUGAGCAGUGAUGAUGAGAGCCUGCAGCAGGGAAUCACCGGAAACCAGCUGUCCUGGCUGCAAGCAUGUCACCCAUCCAAGGACCGUGUCAGUGCCAUAAUAUGGGAGCAGGGCGAGUGUAAGAAAGCAGACAUGUCAGUAUUGGAGAUCAGUGGGAUCAUCCUCACUCGGGUGAAGUUGGUGGAGCAGGGUAUGGGUUACCUUGCGCUUGGUGGCCUGAUGACCGCCACCCUGGCGCUGCUACCCUUCGGUUUCCGGUUGGCUCAGCGACUGGACAUGUCGAACCUCGGCUCCCUGUCCCCAGCAGAGCUGGUAGAGAUGGCAGUGGGGCCGCCUGACGUUCAGGCCUACGUCUUUUUCUUCAUCACAGCGGUGCAAAGAGUCUGCCUUACGGGACUGUUCUUCUUCAUGAUGUGUGUGGCGGAGAGAACGUAUAAACAGAGACUCUUGUUUGCCAAGUAUUUCAGCCACCUCACUUCUGCUCGCAAGGCCAAGAAAUCUGAGAUCCCUCAUUUCAGGCUGAAGAAAGUCCAGAACAUCAAGAUGUGGUUGUCACUACGCUCUUUUCUCAGGAGACGAGGGCCGCAGCGCUCGGUUGACGUCAUUGUUUCCACUAUCUUCCUCUUAGCCCUUUCCUUUUCAUUCAUCAUUUGUGCCCAGCUUCUGCACAGCCACAACACAUUCCUAGAGUCUAUGACAAAUUGGGAGCUGAUGGUGUGGGGCUCCUCCCUCAUCCUCUUUCUGUUACGGCUGGCCACGCUGGGCUCCGAGACCAACUGCAAAUACAGCAACUCCUCAGUACUGCUCACGGAGCAGAUCAAUUUGUAUCUCAAGAUGGAGAAAAAGCCCAAUAAGAAAGAAGAACUCAAUAUAGUGAACAAUGUUUUGAAACUAGCUACAAAACUGAUGAAGGAGCUGGAUACUCCAUUCAGACUGCUCGGUCUGACUGUGAACCCUCUGAUCUACAACAUCACCAGAGUGGUCAUCCUGUCCGCUGUGUCUGCUGUGGUCAGCGACCUGUUCGGCUUCAACAUCAGACUGUGGAAAAUUAAGUCUUAAUGUGAAAAAAACGGCAAACCACUAACAGUCGGACACUGAAGACCAACAACAAGUUCCCUUUGUCUGCUACAGACAGCCACUCAUCUACAAAAAAAAAGUGCAAACCUACUGACAUUUUAGUCAUUGUCUGUGCCUUCCGACUGAGACUCUGUGUCUCUUGUGUCAUCGACAAGCCUGAGAUGCUCUGACAAUCGCUCACACACCCAUUACUGGCGCCUCGGCUGACGUGGCAACACAGUUUCCAUCAGCCCACUAACACAGUGCCUAACCUUUGACCCUUGAAUGUUCCUCAGUAUGUGGUUAAAUAUAGGGGUGAGUUGAGGUCUGACAUCAUUUCAGGCUUCUGCGGCAAAGUGAAAAUGUAAAUGAGUAAAAAGCAGACGAUAAUGUAGAUAGUUUUAGUCUUAAUCGCUGGUGGUUCUUAACGAUUAACUGUAAAACAGGAUAUGUGCUGUGUAAAGCCAGUAAAUAAAAUGUUAUCACAUCAAAAUGGAGAUCGGUCGUUAAAAGUUCUUGAAUGAGUUGUCAUAGGACUCAACUUUGAACCUUUUGUACUAUUUAAGGAGGAAGCUUUGUGAUUGUAAGUGGGCUUUAUUUAUUUGGGGUUCUGUGUAAGCGCUUAAACUUGUAAUGGUACCUGUAAGACAUGACUCUGACCACUGUCUGAAUUUUGUAUUGAGGACCAUUGUUAAAUAAAAAAAAAACUAUGCAAAAUGA